GCCAUCCGGAUUCUGGUGGCCUCGCUCCGCCGCUCUCGCUUCUUCCUUGCUCCUUCAAACAGCACAGAGCCAUGCAUCUGGUGCAGGCCGCGCAAUGGCUCGGGAGGACUCCUCCUCCUCCUGCUAGAGCAGCAGCACGAUGCGGCCGCCGACCAGGCCCGGCGGGGCGCCGCUGGCCACUGGGGGCGGGCGUAGCCGUAGGCUCGGCGCCGGCGCCCUGAGGCUGCUGCAGGCCCCGGCGGUGGUGGCGCUGGCGGCGGCGCUCGCGGUCUCGGCGCCUGCGCCCGCGCCGGCGGCUCCGGGUCCAGCAGGGGCGUCGGAGCCGCUCUGCAACCUCCCGCCGACGCUGUCCGGCGACGAGGGCGGGCGGCAGGGGGAGGCCAACAGGAUCCGGCACCCCAAGUCGGACCGCGCGGCGCGCUGCACCUCCAAGUGCGUCAGCACCUGCGUCCUCGGCGGCUACGGCGCGCCGGGCGUCGCCGGGCCCUUCAACAUCCGGAGGCCCCUGGUGGUGUUCAAGGACACUUUCCGCAGCCGGCAGUACUGGUGCAGAACCAGCACGAUGUUCAGAUUCUUCAUUCUUCUGAUUAGUAUCCUCAAUUGGCAUGAACUUGAUCCACUCUCCAUGCGUGUGUUGAUUACUUGCAGCCUGGUCGAGUGUUCGGACAUCUGCAAUCUGCUCAAGGACGGCGAAGAUGACCAGCGAGAUCGAUGGAUACAGCUAGACGCCUAGACCAGCUCUUGCAUUCCAUGGCGUGGCCUGGCUGAGUUAGGCCGGCAUAUCGGAGGCCCUGGCCGGGCUGAGCCUGGGCGGCCGGUCCGCGCUCCCGGUGCCCACUCCACACAGCAUUCCGAGGGUGGAAAUGCCAUGGGAGGCAGAGCUUUUUAGCUAGAUGGAACAUGGAGGAAGAUGGGAACUUAGCUACUACUAGAACUCGACUCACCACUACUCCACUUGUGUUCUGCUCUCUGUAACAGAUAGCUUGAGCUAUUAAGGAAACUUAUGCAGCAGCACAAGCAGCCAUGGUCUUUCAACAUUCACUGUUACCCGAUGCUGCUGCCGUGUAAAUCUGAUUAUCUGGUGAAAUACAGGGAGUGACGGAUUCACAUGA